CUCUGAACUCAGCGACCCUCCAGCCUGCUGACCCUCGGUCACCUGGGUGACACUUCUGCCCCUGACAUAGAGAGUGAGGCUGGAGAAUGGGGCGCUGAAGUUCCUCUGGACCCCCGUCCCAGCCUGGAGCUGGAGCAGCCCACAGCCCAGGCCGACAUGGCCAACCCCGUGCAGCCUCAGUUUCCUCCAGCGCAGGAGCCGGGCUCCACCUCACCUUUAGACCUGCCGGAGAUGGAAAAGCUCCUGACGAAGGUAGAGGACAAGGAGGACAAGACCCUGAGUCUGUCUAAGUCCCUCUCCGGGGCUCUGGAUCUGGAGAAGAAUGGCCACAGCCUGCCUUUCAAGGUGAUCUCCGAGGGGCGCCUGGAGGCCCCACCCACUCGGUCGCCCUCCCGGGCCAGCUCGAGGCGGGCAUCCUCCAUCGCCACCACCUCCUACGCCCAGGACCAGGAAGUCCCCAAAGACUACCUCAUCCUUGCCAUCACCUCUUGCUUCUGCCCGGUCUGGCCCCUCAACCUCAUCCCACUCAUCUUUUCCAUCAUGGUAAGUGCUGCUCUUUGUUCCGGGGCGGGGGCUGGCCCCCCGGGGUCGGCAGGCAUUGGAAACGCCUCCCGGGGUGUAGGCUAG